AUGAAGCGGUGCAGAACAGCCGCUUCGGUCCUGCGGCCGGGCGCGCAAUUCAGACGAUGGGCAUCAUACGAUAAGGCUUCCCUGACAAGGGAAGAGCUCCUGCGACAAGUCCAAGCCGACCUGGACAAGUCUAUCCGCGUCGACGCUGAGGCCAAGACAAUAUCGACUUCGGCGGGCGACCUGCCCAUAUCACCCGUUUUUGACCCGGCGUGGAUUCAAUCGCGACGGCGACAGCGCAAACCCGACGCUGGCAAGCCCACGGGCAGGUUCCGCCGGAAACUAAGGCUUAAUCCAUACGCUCGAGCAUUAGCCACGCCGAUACGAACAUGUGCAUUCACCGACACUGCUCUACCCCGCUACUUCCUCCAGGAUAUCGAGAUUGUGAGCCACCCUACUACGGGGAAACCGUGGUACGCGCCCGGACCGCUGGCCUUUGACCGCGUACGACCGAUACACUACCCCACCGAGGGCGGGGAACACACGGGCAUGAGAAACGAGGGCGGGAAAUCGACAGAGGGCUUGGAGGAGGGUGGCGACAUGUCUAGCAGCACAGAAAGGGCCCGUCCUCACAGAGCCCCCCUAACGGCUUACACCCUCAACCGCAAAGACAUGCUGGACCGGCUAGGUCCGGGAAGCAAAUUGCUAGGCCAGCUAUUCGGCCCACGCAACGGGACGGCCUGGUCACCCGAGCUGCGCAGGGCCGUCUGGCGCGCCGACAUGGGCGACACGAUCCUGGGUAUGAUGCGCCGCCUCGUCGUGGACGCGCUGGUCGACCGUGCUACCGGUGCCGAUCUCACCAAGUUCGUCGAGCCGGUCGAGGGUGGGUGGGAUGCCGUGGGGAAAGUGGAUAGGCGACAGAGCGUUCUCUGGAUUCCGUCGCAGCAGCAGGAAGGAGGCACGGGGGAGAAGGUUCUGAGAUACCCUACAGUCGACGUGCCCGGGGCGAAAUAUAACGGCAAGAUGGCGGUAUAUAACCUCAGCAGUCUACUAGGAGAGGAAGAGAUUGUCAGGUUGAGAGCCAGUGCGCCAGAGGUGUUUUGCGAGGGGAAGGAGCUGUUUGUUCUCAAGUCUUGGGGUAGUCAGAGCAUGGUGAAUCUUCAUCUGCUCCUCUGGCGGCUGGAGGGAUAUCUGGCACCGACUCCUCCACUGGGAAAUGCCACCAAGAAGGAUUCGGAUAGAGAGAGGUGA